CCCAACGGAUAAGAUAAGGCGAGCUUCAGAACAAUCCUUCCUCUCAGAAAUGGAUUCCACUCUCUUCACCUUCCCUUCCUCCGCCCAUCCGCCAUCACCUGCGCUCUCCCUCAAAUCGCGCUUCAACAACCCCUUCUACCACCACCGCCGCCGAUUCCUCGCCGGCCGACCUCCGAUUGCCCCCAAAAUCAGGGCGGCCAUAAGCCGCACGAAGAAAGAAGAAACCGUGGAGAAAGUAAAGCAACAGCUGGAUGAGUGCCACCUCAUCGCCGGCAUCGGGUACAAGGGCUUGACGGUGCAGCAAUUCCAGGAUCUCCGGACGCAGCUCCCCGCCACGUCGACACUCCUGGUGGCGAAGAACACACUUGUCCUGAAGGCCAUUGAAGGCACAAAGUGGGAGGCUCUGAAGCCGUGCAUGAAGGGGAUGAAUGCCUGGCUGUUCGUCCACACCGAGGAGAUCCCCGCCGCCCUAAAACCCUACAGAACUUUCCAGAAGGAGAAGAAACUCGAAGACAAUGAUUUCACUGGGGCGGUCUUCGAAGGGAAGUUCUACUCUCCCGAUGAGUUCAAGGCCCUGGAGAAUCUUCCCACCAGAGCCGAGGUUUAUGCCACCAUUCUUGGGGCUGUGAAGGGCCCUGCUUCUGCCAUUGUGGGGACAAUUCAGGCACCGGCUAGGGAUCUCGUCAUGGUGCUCAAAGCUUACUGCAAGAAGCUUGAAGAGGGGGAGCCCUCUCCCCAAUAGUGGUGCUGGAUCCUAUUGUAAAUUGUCCCCAAUGUGAAUCUCGCGAACUGAUCAGAUAUCCACUCUAUUACACAAGUAUCUUUGUUCGUAUCUUGGCUAUGUUGAUGAGUCAAGUCUUAGGUGGUGGGAGGCUCUGAAAGACGAGCUUUUAUAUUAUCUAAUUACAACUCUAUGUGGCUUGUUAGAGAGGGUGCGAAAGUUUAGUUAUUGAUUGUUCAUCCAGUGAUCGGACACAUCUUGGUGUCACGAGCAGGUACAGAGCCGUCACAAGUGCAUAUUACAGGGGUGCUCUGGAGGACGACAUUGGCUUAUGAAAUCAUAAAAGAAAAAAUUUUGACCACAUCCUGCGUCGGCUAGAUGAGUUGCUUUCUCGUGCCGACAAGAACACAGUAAUGGUUGUUUACGCAUGACUGCACUAAUUAUUGCGAAAUGAAUUGUACCUGUGUUGAAACAUUAAUUUUAUUGCAAACAAAGAUUGUUAUUUUUCAUAUCUAUGUAUGAUGAGCUAGUUCUGUGAUAUAUUUAAAAUUCUUCUUCUUUUCGUUUA